UUUGUUUGUUUCGAGGAAGACAAGAGUCUGUGGUUCUUUAAUAAUUUAUUGGUUUUGUGUUUUUUAGUGAUCGUUAACUGUGCUACAAAUACAUCAAUAUGUUUAAAAAGUUUGAUGAAAAGGAAAGCAUCUCGGGCGUGCAACAGCUCAAGUCCUCGGUCCAGAAGGGCAUAAGGGCUCGCCUUUUGGAACUGUACCCUCAUUUGGACAACUACAUUGACCAGAUCUUACCCAAGAAGGAUACGUUUAGGAUUGUCAAAUGUCACGAUCACCUCGAGAUAAUGGUGAACAGUGCCGGCGACUUGCUAUUCUUCAGACAUCGCGAGGGUCCCUGGAUGCCAACCUUAAAACUACUGCACAAAUAUCCGUUCUUCGUUCCGAUGCAGCAAGUCGAUAAAGGCGCUAUUCGCUUCGUGCUCAGCGGCGCGAACAUCAUGUGUCCGGGGCUGACUUCAGCCAACGCGAAGAUGUCUCCGAGCGACAAGGGUCAAGUCGUCGCCAUAAUGGCCGAGGGGAAAGAACAUGCUCUAGCUAUCGGUAUCACUACUCUCUCAACAGAAGACAUAGCUAAAGUGAACAAAGGCGUCGGCGUUGAAAAUUGUCAUUAUCUCAAUGACGGGCUGUGGCAGAUGAAGGCCGUGAAGUAAAGUAACAAAUAGAAGGCGACGCGUGAUCGAUCGAGAUGCUCGAUUAACUUGUAACUGGCUUUACUAAAUUGUAUUUAAUAAAAAAUAACUUGCGAAAGCAA